ACCUCUGAAUAAAAUGACUCAAUGAAGCUGGUGUAGCAGACCACACGGUGCAAGUUUUGCCAGGACAUACUGGGGCAGUGGUUCACUUUAGUUUGUGUAGUUUAGCAGGUGUAUUUUGCUAGCAUUUUAGCUAGCUGUAGACACUGCCAACACAUCAGUGGCUAUGGAUUUGGGGUUUUACCUUGGUGUGAGUUUUCUCCUUUCCAUGUGGCCAGCAGCUAAAUGUGAUCAGAUCCCUGAUGGAGUUCUUCACAUGGAGUGUCAUGAUCGCUUCCUCAUGAUAGCUGUUGAUCUCUCCUUCACUGGGAAUGAGCCUCGCUUUGAGGCUGUUGAUGAGACAGGUGUGCAUCCAAUCACUACUCGAUAUGCAUCAGAGUGUGGCUAUUGUGUCCGAGUUCUUCCUGUACCUGAACACGUGGAGCUCCGAGCUUCUUAUUUCAGCUGUCACACUGAUAACAAAGAUGAUGAGGUGUUCUCAUUCAACUUUAACCUGGUUGCAACACAAGACGGUGAGGAGGUCACCUAUGCCUUGAACAAGACCUGUUCUCCCUCUCUGCCCUGGUCUCCCAGAGAGGUUUCCUGUGAGCUGAACUACAUGGAGGUGUCUGUGAAGAGUGAAGUCACCUGUCCAUCUGAGACAAAGAAAGAUGACUGGAAUGCUGCUCUAAGACCUGCCCAUACGUCAGCCACAUCUGACUGGCAGGUGAUGUUGCAUAGAAAUGGGGAACAGUUGAUACCCAUGAGCCUCUCUGAAGCUCGCGAGCAGGGCUACGUGUUUGACCUGACGGAUGGAAGGCUUGUAUUUCGUGCGCCGUAUGGACAACCUGACUCAUUCAGCUCUGAGAUGAAUGGUUUCCCAGUAGAGGUCGUCCAUGCGACUCUGUUCUCCAGACAAAGCUGGGUCGUCCUCAUGGUUGACAUGGUGGCUGCUUGCUCAAUGGAUCAGGGAUCAUAUGAUGACGAUGGUUACAUGAUGUGGGCGACCCCUGAGGUGCUGCACCCACUGGUAUCUGGUCAACAUGAGCUGCAGAUCAACGUUGGAGUCAAUGGGGAACUUGUGGAACGGCCAGUAGCUGAGGAGAGGGGCUACAUUGUGGAGAAGCACGACUCUAUAAUCCAAGUCAACAUCCCCUACAAUGCUGAAGGAGGACAAAGGAAGAGCUUUGUGUCAGGCGACCUCUUCGAGUACUACAUAUUUGAUCUCUACUUGGAGAAGCUGUCCGUGGCUGAGGAUCAUGUGGACACUAGACUCCGCCUUCAACGGACACUGGCGACUCCCCUACUACCUCGCCCUCUCUUCACAGAAAACCGAACUGUUCUGGAGGAGUUCACCUUCACGGUCUACCUCGGACAUGUCCCUGAAGAUGUUGCGUUGGCUGCUGUUCAUUUGAAUGGUCAAGAAUUCACACUGCCGUUUACUAAUGCAAGCAGCCACACCAUCACACAAGUUGUUCAUCCCAACAACACUCAUGGCUACACUCUGAAGGUGGCUUUUGAUGAUCCUGUUGUCAUGAGACAGUUCUCAAAAGAAGCUGCCCUGAUGCAGCACUGGCUGGACAUCAACUACACACUGGUUGUGCUUCCUGAAAAUGAGCCUUUUUCUCACCUGGUAUCAGUCAUGGCACUAACGGAUGUCUCUCCUCCAGCCUUUGACUCGGUCUGUUCCGAGUCUGGGAUCAGCUUCAGACUGGACCACCGGCCUUCUGACUACAUGUGGGUGAUUAGCAUAGGCUCAGAACCGCUGACAUCAGAGCUGGCGGCCCAGCACGGAUACAUCAUGCGCAAUGACAGCCAGAGUCUGCUGCUGGAGGUGCCGCUCUUCACUCAAGGCUACGAGUACAAGGAUGUUACCUUGAAAGGGUUCUCGGGCACUUUUGAGAUCCUCAUUCGGGAUCAUGAAACAUCUGAGGUCCAGAGCUCCUCUGUCAAGACUUGUCCCUUCACAGCUGCUGAAUUCAUCAUGUGUUCAACUGAUGGGAGGAUGACUGUAGUGGCUGAUGUGUCUCUGGCCAUGCCGAGUGGAGGUGAUCCUGCAAGGACCAACCUUGUCGACAAAUACUGUGGACCCAAAGAGACAGACGGCACCAGGGCUCUCUUCUCUUUCCCACUCAACAGCUGUGGAUCAAACGUCAAGCUUGAUAAAGACUCUGUCACUUAUGAAAAUGAGAUUUUCUUCAGUAAGAAGUUGCGGGCUCUGAAAAAUCCAGCAGAUUCGAGCAAUGACAUUGAGAGGGUGAUGAUGCAGUGCACAUAUCCUCUGGCUGGACUGCAUCGCCUCUUCUCAGUGUACAGGUUUGAGUCUGACAGCGAGGGUGUUGGCAGCAUUGUGCAUUCUUCACACACUGAAGGCCUACAGAGUCCAACCGCUGAGCCCACCACAGUGUCCACGACCACUAGACGCAGCAGAAGACCUGGUUAUCAAGCUCAGCAGAUUAAAGUUUCUGGCUUUCUACAAAAUAUUUCUAAAAAAGGUCCCAGAGGAUCAUCACAAUCCAAAGUGACAUUUUUCUGAUUGUGAAUACAUGUAUUUUAAAUAAAGUUGAACUUGUGUAUAACUCUUGAACAAUAA